AUGCCUACUACCCAUUCCCUCAUACUCGCACUCUGCCUGCUCUCGGCUGCUUGGCUGGUGUCGGCGACGCCAACCUGGCGAGGCGGCGUGGUGGCCUUUACGCCGACUCCGUACACGGCGACAGCCAACGCGACGCAGGUGGCGGCGAGCAACCUGGCGGCAUAUGCCGACGCGGCAGCGGCGGCGGCGGCGGCAGACGUCGAGCUCCUGGUCUAUCCCGAGUUUGGCGUCUCGUCUGGCGAGGUCUUCUCUGGCUCGGCCGCCGAUCAGCGGGCGGCGCUGACGGCCUUUGCCCAGCCGCUGCCGUCGCAGGCCGCCAUCGCUGCUGCUGCUGCGGGCGGUCAGCCGAUGAUGCCGUGCGGGGACGCCCGCUUUGACUCUGCGUGGCAGACCCAGCAGCUGGCGUGCAUCGCCGCCCGUACUCGUCUCUGGCUCGUUGCCAACCUCGUCGAGGCCGAUGGCGACAAGCUGUACAACGCUGAUGUCGUGCUCGACGCCACCGGUGCCCUCGUCGCCAAGUACCGCAAGUCGCACGUCUGGUUCCGGAAGGCCUACGACGAGCCGGUUGUCCCGGACCUUGUCUCGUUCAACGCCACCUGGGGCGGCGCCCCGCGUGCUGUCGGCAUGAUGAUCUGCUUCGACAUUGCCUUUCACUCUCCCGGCACCGUCCUCGUCGACCAGGGCAUCCGCAUCUUCCCCUAUGCCGUCGCCCAGGGCCUUGUCGGUCCGGCCAUCGUCAAGACCUGGUCCGCUCUCCAUGGCACCACCGUCCUCGCCGCCAACGAAGGCGGCCAUGUCUCCAUCUAUGUCGCUGGCGUAGCGGCUGCCACCACUGCUGCUCCUGCUGGCCGCGCCACUGUAGUCUAUGCUGAUCUCGACACUGUUUAG